AUGACAAAUAUUAAUGGAGAUACUAGUUCUCUCUUGGAGGAGCUUGAAAGGUUAAGGGAAGAAAAUGCCAGGUUAAAGAAAACACUCGAUGAGCAAAGGCACCAUCAAGAUGAUCUUAGCUUACCGAUGUCAUUAGAAGAAUUUCAACGUUAUGGAAGACAGAUGAUUGUGGAAGAAACACAUGGGCUUUCUGGUCAGAUCAAAUUGAAAAACGCAAAGGUUCUUGUCAUUGGUGCUGGUGGAUUAGGCUGUCCAUCGCUACCAUAUUUAGCAGGUGCCGGUAUUGGGACGAUUGGUAUAGUCGACAACGAUCUAGUGGACACUUCAAAUCUCCACAGGCAAGUUUUACAUGACUCUACAAAAGUUGGUAUGCUAAAGUGUGAAUCAGCUAAACUGGUUUUGAACAAGUUAAACCCACAUGUUUCCGUAAUUACCUACCCUGUCAGGUUAACCAACAGUAAUGCUUUCCAAAUUUUUGAAGGAUACGAUUUGGUUCUUGAUUGUACUGAUACGCCUGUGACACGUUAUCUAGUGUCAGAUGUUGCUGUUAAUUUAAACAUACCAGUAGUAUCCGCAUCAGCUCUAAGGACCGAGGGCCAGCUAUCUAUUUUCAAUUUCGCAAAUAUUGGCCCUUGUUACAGAUGUUUCUAUCCGAACCCACCUACUCCAACUUCGGUGUCAUCAUGCCAAGAAGGGGGUGUAUUAGGCCCCUGUGUUGGUCUUGUGGGAGUGGCAAUGGUAGUUGAAACGUUAAAAAUAUUAUUGGGUACUUACACGGUUGAGAACUUCAAGCCUUUUCUUCUUCAAUAUUCUGGGUUUCCGGAUCAAACUCUCCGUAAGUUUAAGAUGAGAGGAAGAAAAUCUGACUGUUUGGCAUGUGGUGCAAAUAGAAUUGUCACUAGACAAUCAAUAGAAUCAGGCGAGAUCAAUUAUGAGACGUUUUGCGGAAGUCGACACUAUAAUGUAUUAACUGAAGAAGAAAGGGUAGACGUAUUCGAAUUUGAAAAACGGUAUAAAAUGAAGGCUGAAGAUAAAUCUUUCCUAUUACUUGAUGUGAGACCUAGUCUCCACUACUCUAUAUCUCAUCUACCAGACACACACAAUAUUACUGUCAAUGAAUUACGAGAUAUGAAGUCCGAUUUCGAUGCCUUAAAAUCAAGAAUACCAUCUAUUGAUGCGGACUCGGAAGUAUUUGUCAUCUGUAGAUACGGCAAUGAUUCCCAACUAGCAACCAGACUGCUCAAGGAAAAGUUCAAAAUUAAGAAUGUUAAAGAUGUCAAGGGUGGAUUUUUCAAAUAUAUUGAUGACAUAAACCCUGCUUUGCCAAAAUAUUAA